AUGGGCUAUGGUUUUGCUGCUCGUCGGCUCCAUUUGCUCCAGGAGACUACAAUCAAUGACAUGUUGGGAUUAGGCAUGAAACUCCUCCUACCGGCACUACUCAUCGUGAAUCUUGGCGAGCAGCUUCAUCUCCAGACAGCGAUGAACUAUAUCCCAGUUAUAAUCUGGUCAGUUCUCUACACAUCUGCAUCCAUUGGCCUCGGCCAUUUAUCGUCAUAUCUGCUUGGCCUACCUCAAUGGGUUACACCGGCUUGCUCGUUCAACAACACUACGUCUCUACCCUUGUUACUUCUUCACUCCCUUGGGAGCGUAGGAAGUUUAAAACUGAUCCUACGACAUGGUGAAACCACAUCAUCGGCAAUCUCCCGUGCUCAGAGUUACUUCCUUGUUUGCGGGGUGAUCAGCAAGACCAUCGCCUAUGUCGUCGGACCGAGGAUGUUACAAGAUCGUGGAGACGGUCUUAGUAGCUCAGAGGAGCGACACCAUAUCCUAGCACAGGACGAGCAACUCACCGAAGAAACCUCACUGCUCCCGCAGCGCGCCCAACAAGCCCGAACAUCAGCUGGGAACCUGAUUCGGAGGUCGACGCACUGGCUGGGCUCAUUAUUCCCGCACCGAGUCAAGCAAGAACUACUCGCACCCUUCGAAUAUCCAUUAGCAGACGUGGCAAUAAUCUGCAUGAUUGUCGGUACGGUGCUGGGUCUAGUCCCCGUGUUGCACCGGGCAUUCUUCAAUGAUGAAGAUGAUGGCGGGAUAUUCACCGCGUGGCUGACUGCAAGUGUGAGCAACAUCGGCGGGCUGUUUACAACGCUGCAAAUGUUCAUGGUUGGGUGUAGGCUUGGGGUCACGUUCGAGCGGACGGUUGCAGAAGGGAAUUCGGCCCGUAUCCCCAUCAAGGCUAUCACCACUAUCUUUGUUGUUCGUUUGGUGAUCUGGCCGGCACUAAGUAUUUCACUGAUUUAUGGACUGGCUAAGAGGACUCGUCUCCUUGGUGAUGAUCCAAUGCUCUGGUUUAGUAUGAUGCUGAUGCCUGCUGGUCCACCGGCGCUGGUGAUUUCGGGGUUGGUGGAAUUGGCGCAGGCGUCUGAGAUGGAAAAGAUGGUUAUUGCGAAAACGUUGACGAUCAUGUAUGCGUUGUCGCCAUUUAUAUGUUUUAGUAUUACGGGAGCGCUUAAAGCUUCCGAGGCAGUGUUGAAAGAGAAACGAUGA